CCGUUGGAUCAAAAGGACCGAGCAGAGAGCGGCGCCGCACAGAGUGACGCAGAGGGGGAGCACACCUGCUGAGAGGCAACAGGUGGAAGGAUAACCACGACGGUGGGGUUCAACCUUGUAUCAGCUGUAACGACGUUAAAGGUGAACUACUGGGAUCUUGCCUGAAAAUGGAGCUUUCUAAUAUUAAGACCUCCGUUGCAGUCAUUUAUGAUGGGUUCUUCCAAAAUGCAGAUUCGCGGACAGAAAACUGGCUGCUCAUGUCGUCUCCUCUCACCCAAACAAUCAUCAUCCUAGCUUACAUCUACUUCGUCACGUCGCUGGGGCCUCGGUUGAUGGAGAACCGGAAAGCCUUCGACCUGAAGGGAGUUCUUAUUGUCUACAACUUCGCUGUGGUGGCUCUCUCGGUCUACAUGUGCUAUGAGUUUGUGAUGUCAGGAUGGGGAACCGGGUAUUCAUUUCACUGCGACCUUGUCGACUACUCGGACAAACCACAGGCUAUGAGGAUGGCAGCGACGUGCUGGCUUUUCUACUUCUCAAAGUUUAUCGAGAUGCUCGACACGAUCUUCUUUGUGCUGAGGAAGAAGAACAGCCAGGUGACGUUUCUUCAUGUCUACCAUCACUCCAUUAUGCCCUUCACCUGGUGGUUUGGGGUUCGUUUUUCUCCAGGUGGAAUGGGAACUUUUCACGCCCUUCUUAACUGUGUCGUCCAUGUUAUCAUGUAUACCUACUACGGGCUGACUGCCAUGGGCCCCAACUACCAGAAGUACCUGUGGUGGAAAAAGUACCUCACUACCAUUCAGCUGAUCCAGUUUGUCAUGGUUACCACCCACAUCUCCCAGUAUUUCUUCAUCAAGGACUGCCCAUACCAGUUCCCCAUCUUUAUCUACAUCAUCGGCCUGUACGGCCUGAUUUUCCUGUUCCUUUUCCUCAACUUCUGGUACCACGCUUACACCAAGGGGAAGAGGCUGCCUAAGGUGCUGCAGGCUCAGACAUGGGCGCACCACACUAAUGGAGUCAUGAACGGAAAUGUAGACCAUGACAAAUAUCAGUGACGCAUGUUUCUGGUGGUUUCAGGGGUUGACUUCAUUCGAACAAGCGACCCACUGUGGUGCUGUGAGAUUCAACCCAAACAGUUUUUUUGGACUAUUUAUUUUGCCUGCGUUUCUGUUUUUUGCUGUUAAAGACAAUCUUUAAAUUGUUGCCAGAGGUUACCUUUAUCUAGAUUACUGAAAGGCUAAAAGCUUUUAUUUGGCUUCUGUUUAUACUGAAUGUGACGUUUUGCUACAGAGACUUUAAAUAAUUGUCCCCCUUUCUCUUUUUUUUUUGUUUUGUUUUUUUUUUGCUGUUGUUGCAAGUCUCAAACAUGCACAACAGGCCAUAGAGCCGCAGAAGGUCAGGCUGAAGGACUCCUGGCUGUACAGUUCAGUUGGAGUUUAAAACUUCAUUCCUAAAUACAUUUUUUUUGUCUGUUCCUUUUCAAAUUUCCAUUAACGUUUUUUAAAGUUGCGCACAGAGAUGUUGGUUGUUUAGUUCACUUGAUCUGACAAUGUCAGUAUCCUACACUGAUUACUUUUGAAAAUGCACGUAUGGUCACUUCUCUACAGCAGCUGCCGAUGGUGCAGACAUGCAGUGAAAAGCCCAGUCUGAUCACAGGGGCAUCGGUUUUCAUUACUGUCUCAGUUCUAAUAUGAAGCAAUGUUGCAAAUCCCCAGUGUAAACCCGAUGGACUGCUGUGGUUCUUGUAGGAUCCAGAAUAGACCUUAAAACUGCAGCUGAAGUCUUUACCGAAGCAUAUUGCACAAUAACACAUUUGCACAAGUGUAGAUUUUUAGGCAUCUCUGUUUAAAAGGAGGAACGAUUGUGCUUUGCUACUUUUGAGCAGUGUGCUAAUGAGGUUUUCAGAUAUCUGGAGUUUACGCCUUUGGCUAUGUUAGUUUUAUAUCUGAUCUUAAAAUUUUGAACCUGAAUGUUACUCUGUGGUCCUGUGGUGACUGAGGACUCGGAAUUGAGCUUUGUGUGGAAGAAGUUCCACCUUUUAAUGAAGCACAAACCCAUCCCAAAAGGUUUACAGAUAAGCGAAUGGUUUUUUUUUGUUUUUUUUUUUGUCCUUUUUGCAGCUUGUCAGACCUGUUUGUACCUUUUGAACAAUACUGUAAAGAAACUUGUUUAUAUUGUAUUUUAUAUGUAUUUAUAUAAAAUAAACGAUGAUUGUACCUUGAAA